AUGCCGGACCCAAUGCAGUUACCGCAUGAACUCCGUCUCAUGAUAAUGAACCAUGCAACUGACGAAGUGGACAGGAUGCUCUGUAAUAUGUCUCUUGUUUCCAAGCGGUGGCACGCGAUUCUGAUUGAACAGAUCUACUCAUGCUGGCAGCAGUACGCUUACAAUCGUAAUCCCAUUUCAUCAAUGUGGAAGUUUCUUCGCACCAUAUUGUCCAACAGGCAAAUUGCGGAUACUGUUCGAGAAAUUCGAUAUUCGUCAUUUGAGCUUAGUGGUGGGCGAUAUUCUCAUUCAUCUAAACGUCCUACUCUUUCUCGGGGUGAUUAUGACAUGAUCCAAAAAGCAAUUUGCAGGGCCGGACUUGAUCAUCUCAAGCCCUAUGUCAUAGAAGCCAUCAAUAAUGCAGACCCAAGACCUCUGCUGGCACUCCUCCUGGCAAAUCUACGAAAUCUACAGACCCUUCAUGCAUGUCUCCCAGAUUCGGAUGUAAUUCUUGCCGAAGUCUUCCGAGAAGCAGUCAAAUGCAAGCAAAACCUACGCAAUGGCUUCUCUCCCCUACACAAUCUUCGAGAGGUCUAUCUUGACGGCAUGCCUUGGGUGUGUAACGAAUGUAAACGUUCUCAUCAUAUUCAUGUCACUCUUUUGUGGCCAAUCUUUCAAUUGCCAGCCAUUCACCGGGUGUCUGUUUCUAAUUUUAAACCGCACGAGGGAGCUUCACGAGCUAAAUAUUCAAAAGAUUUUGGGUACGUUUUUGAAGCGUCCACCGUGACGGAUUUGAAUCUGGCCGUCGACACCAGCUCCAACCCUUGCCUUGGAACUCCGGACUCUUUUAUUCUGUUUGCUUUGCCGAAGAGAUUGGCCCGACUGUCAGUCUAUUUGAAAGGAUACAACUCUACUAUCUCUAAUACCGACAUAUGGAACGCCAUACAGCCAUACGAAGGGUCUAUCGAGUAUUUGGAUAUCGAUCGACAUGAUCACUGUAGAGAAACAGAUAAUUCGAAACUUGGUUCUAUGCGAGGAUUCAAGCGCCUGGAGCGCCUUUAUAUUCAACCCAGACUUCUCAAUGACAAAGAUAGCUUGGGCGACACUCUACCUCCGAAUUGUCAGUCACUGAAUUUCUACUUUGAUGGCAGGUUCAGCUUCAGCAAAACUUUCAUUCAGCAAUUGCAGGAUUUCAUACCGAGUACACAUCUACAUGUUCCAAAUCUAUGGCAUAUUGUUCUGGAUAGAUCUGGCUACCUGAUUUCUCGAGACUUCCUGCUCUAUGAUCAAAUGGAGGAUUCAUGUACGAAGUAUGGCAUCAAAUUUGAGGCCAAGCUUUUAUCCAAGUACGGCAAAGGUCCACGACAUUGGUAA